AUGGAUGCAGAUUCCUCCAGCAAGAGACUCUCAUCCACCUCGCCUUCUCAUGACCUCUUGAACUCCUCACACUAUCUGAUCGCUGGGGCACCUUACGAAAAAGCAAUGGGUCAAAUCACAGACUAUGGACAAAGCAGAGGCAUCGCUGCGCGCUAUCUAACCCCAUCACCUACUCGAGCUCUCAGCCCGACAUUGGACAAUAUCCCUCGGAUACCACUCUCGCCUAACACCCGACCCUUAUCAGCGACAUUGGCGCAGUCCAUUCUCCAUGGGGAUUCGGUAUUCACCUCGCCCCGACAGAUCUCCAUACCGCUACAGACACCUUUGUCACCGCGUCCCAUAGGUCCCCGAAGUCCCAUUCCAGGCCCUACAUUAGCACCGACUCGGCCAGCAACACAGCUGCCGACUAUCGGAUCGGCUCACACCCGACUUCGCAUCGUUUCUGGAGGUGGUCGACGGAUAUCGAUUGGAAGGGAAACUAUACCUUUGAAAGGCGGUGAAGAAAAUGAGUCGUCUGAGAGCCAAUCGACCCCGACAUCCCUUGGAGCCGCAAAACGUCAGCAUUCUGCAGAUAAUCUUACUCCUCGAAAACGAUCGCCAACUCACAUUCCAUUACACCCUCUCGAAGUCCCUGAUUCCGCCAAGUCGUCGUUAUCGCUGCGAUCUGGUAGUCGUCGUACCUCAGGCAAGCAAACCCGCAGAUCAUCUGGACCCCUCACCAACGCGAGGACAGUUUCUGCCUCUCAAGCUUCCAUUGUCUCGACGGUUUCAACAGCAACGGUGGAGGAUGGCGAGAUGAAAGAAUUCUCCAACGUCGAAACCGCUUUAGAAGCUUCAUCCAAAAAGCGGUUGAAAUCUGAAAUCGCUGGCUUGCGAAAGCAAAUGACAAAGGAUGCUAAAGGGAAAGAUCUUGUACAGCGGCUUGAAAGAAACUCUUCCUUACCACGGUCGCCUCAGCGUCGAAACAUGAACGAAAUUGACGCUAUCGUGAUGGAUGAAUGUGCUAGAGGGAUCGCGUCAGUAGUGGAGAGGGUGGACACCCAUCUCCGUCAUGCCGAAGCUAGCAAUAGUCAGGCUGUUAAUCUGGCAAAACAGCUGGCAACAGAAAAGGAUCAAGCAUUCAAUACUGAACUGGACGGGAUGUUCGAUGAUGCCCAGCUACCCGAGACUGAGGCUUUCCAAGCGCUGAAAAGCGAUCUUCAGAUUACCAAGGCCGGAAGAAACUUGCUUGAAUUAGAGAAUAAAAAGCUGAAACGCGAGCUGGAAGAGGCUAAUCUGAAGAGAGACCAAUGGGCGAGAAUGCUUCGUGCGCAGGGUUAUAAGAUUUGA